GAGUGCGGUCGUGUAUAUGUACAGCAUGGCGCUCAGGCGGAUUAUUCACUUUAAAUAUGCCUGAAUUCUAACCUGUAGAUUAUCGUAAACGCAGGUUAAGGAUUGAACAUACUGAAAUGAUACUUCAGUGGGAUACAAUUCGUUAGACUGACUAAGACUUCUCUAGUUCCAGCUAUGUCGGGGUCUACAAAGCUAGACUUCUCCGAAGUGGAAACUUUUCUGGAUAAUCAUCCAGAUCUUUUCGAAGACUACCUGCUGAGGAAAGGCAAAUACAGCGCGGUGGAGAAAUGGCUCAAGCAGCAUCAUCUCAGCAAAACCCCAUCGACCCCCACUACAGGGGAGAAGGGCGCUGCCGCCAAGGAGUGCUGGGUGACCAAAGGAGAUGGCCUGCAGAGGAGACCCUCCCAGCGGGAGCUCAGAAAAAACUUUGCCAGAUCUAAGGCGAUGACCGUCAACCGGACUUACGACGAGCACGUGAACUCCAGGGACAAGGAACCACUCUCCAGCAUGAGGAGGCGAGCUCUCCUCAGGAAAGCCAGCUCGCUACCUCCCACCACAGCCCACAUCUUGAGCGCCUUAUUGGAAUCUCGGGUCAAUAUCCCUCAGUAUGCAUCCACGGCGAUCGACUACAAAUGCGAACUCAGGGAUACCAACGAGAGAGAAUUCUUUCUGGAACUCGUCAAAGACAUCUCCAAUGAUUUGGACCUGACCAGCCUGAGCUACAAAAUCCUCAUCUUCGUCUGUAUCCUGGUCGAUGCCGACCGAUGCUCCUUGUUCCUUGUGGAAGGAACUUCCAAUAAAAAGACUCUAGUGUCCAAAUUCUUUGACGUGCACGCAGGGACCACAGUCCUACCUUCGUGCAGUAUGGAAAACUCCAACGAAGUCCAGGUGCCUUGGGGGAAAGGAAUCAUUGGUUAUGUGGCGGAACACGGACAGACGGUCAAUAUUCCUGAUGCUUACCAGGACCGUCGCUUCAGAGAUGAAAUUGAUAAAUUGACAGGAUACAAGACAAAAUCCCUCCUGUGUAUGCCAAUUCGAAACAGUGAUGGUGAGAUUAUUGGCGUAGCCCAAGCUAUAAACAAAAAUCCAGGAGGAGCGCCCUUCACUGAGGAUGAUGAAAAGGUGCUGGGGAUGUAUCUCCCAUUCUGUGGAAUUGCAAUCUCAAAUGCUCAGUUGUUCGCUGCUUCCAGAAAGGAGUAUGAUAGGAGCAGGGCUUUGCUAGAAGUAGUCAAUGACUUGUUUGAAGAGCAAACAGAUUUGGAAAAAAUUGUGAGGAAAAUAAUGCACCGAGCUCAGACGUUGCUGAAGUGUGAACGUUGUUCUGUCCUGCUCCUUGAAGACAUUGAGUCUCCGGUGGUAAAGUUUACAAAAUCAUUUGAACUCCUGUCUCCCAAGUGUAGUGCAGAUGCUGAGAGCAGCUUUAAAGACAGCAUAGAAAAAUCAUCCUAUUCAGAUUGGCUAAUUAACAACAGCAUUGCUGAGCUUGUAGCUUCGACAGGUCUCCCAGUGAACAUCAGUGAUGCAUAUCAAGAUCCACGGUUCGAUGCUGAAGCUGAUCAGAUUUCUGGCUUCCACACCCGUUCAGUUCUUUGUGUACCAAUAUGGAACAGUGGCCAUCAGAUAAUUGGUGUGGCACAGGUCCUCAAUCGGCUUGAUGGGAAGCCAUUUGAUGAUGAUGACCAGAGACUGUUUGAGGCGUUUGUAAUCUUUUGUGGCCUUGGUAUCAACAACACCAUUAUGUAUGAUCAAGUGAAGAAGUCCUGGGCAAAGCAAUCUGUAGCUCUUGAUGUCCUCUCAUAUCAUGCUACAUGUUUAAAGACUGAAGUAGACAAAUUUAAGGCAGCAAACAUCCCACUUGCCACUGAACUCAGUAUUGAUGAAUUCCAUUUCAAUGACUUCUCUCUUGACAAUGAUGCUAUGAUCACUGCAGCCCUCAGAAUGUUUAUGGAGCUUGGAAUGGUGCAGAAAUUCAAAAUUGAUUAUGAGACUUUGUGUAGGUGGUUACUGACUGUUCGGAAGAACUACAGGAUGGUUCUCUACCACAACUGGCGGCAUGCAUUUAAUGUGUCUCAAUGCAUGUUUGCAAUACUGACAACUGCAGAUUUUCAGGAACUUUUGACAGAUACAGAAGUUCUUGGUCUAAUGGUAGGCUGCCUGUGUCAUGACUUGGACCACAGAGGCACUAACAAUGCUUUCCAAGCAAAGAGUGGAUCCGCCCUGGCACAGCUGUAUGGCACCUCAGCUACCCUGGAACUACAUCAUUUCAAUCAUGCAGUUAUGAUUCUUCAAAGUGAGGGUCACAAUAUUUUUGCAAGUCUGUCUUCCAGGGUAUAUAGUGACAUCAUGCAACUUUUGAAACAGUCAAUACUAGCAACUGAUCUGACACUCUACUUUGAGCGAAGAAUGAAGUUUUUUGAACUUGUUAAUACAGGAGAGUACAACUGGAAUGUAAAGGAUCAACGAGAAAUGCUCAGGUCAAUGCUGAUGACUGCCUGUGACCUGGGGGCUGUGACUAAACCUUGGGAGAUAUCUAGACAGGUAGCAGAAUUGGUUACUAGUGAAUUCUUUGAACAAGGAGACAGGGAACGAUCGGAGCUGAAACUCACCCCUUCAGCCAUUUUUGACCGUAAUAGAAAAGAUGAGCUCCCAAGGCUCCAGUUGGAAUGGAUCGAUGGGAUAUGUAUGCCCCUGUAUGAGGCUCUGGUGAAAGUCAAUCCAAAAUUGAAGCCAAUGCUACAUGGGAUUAAAAGGAACAGAUGCAAAUGGGAGGAGAUGCACCGAAAAAGACAAGGGAGUAAAGACAAUGUCAGCUGCAGCAUAUCCACGCACGACAUCAGUUAA